UACGAACGCAAGCCAGCGGCCCAGCUUCUGACACACAAAAAUCCACGCAUUCUCUCCCGUUUCCCGCGAAAACCUCAACUGUCAAAAUUGCAAACCCCUUUAGCCGUUAUCCAAUUCAAUUCACCACCAACCCAACGGUAACCCCCUUCUCCCUGUUCCAACCAACUUCCCACCAUCAAUUCUAUUCUCCCCAUUUUUGUUUUCCAAAUAAUCUUUAAUUUUUUUAUUUAAAAAAAAACAAAAAAAAUUAAAUUAAAAUUCUUUUUUUUUAACAAAAAUAACUCCUCCUCCUCUUCUCGGAAUCCGAUCCCCAUCGGAGUCCGCCAUGGAAGAAGAUGAAUAGAAUACUCAGCAGGCCAGCCUCUCACCUCCGCCACCUCAGUCGACCUUCUUCUCACACCAUCUCGGAGCAGUUCCACAUCCUAUGGCAUUACCAAAUCCUCGACCCCAACGGCGACAUCGUCACCCUCUGGAACCACAUCUUCCUCAUCUCAUCUCUCAUCGCUCUUUUCAUCGAUCCUCUCUACUUCUACCUCCCCUACGUCGGCGCCCCCGCCUGCAUGAGCACCGACACCGCUCUCGGCGUCGCCAUCACCUUCUUCCGUACCCUCACCGAUCUCUUCUACUUGCUCCACAUGCUCAUCAAGUUUCGAACCGCCUUUGUUGCCCCUAGUUCUAGGGUUUUUGGCAGGGGUGAGCUCGUCAUGGACGCUCAUCAGAUCGCCAUGCGUUACUUGAAGUCCGAUUUCCUUAUCGAUCUCGCCGCUACGCUUCCUUUACCUCAGAUUCUCAUCUGGAUUGUAAUUCCAGCAACAAGGAAUUCCAGAGCUGAUCAUGCUAACAAUACUCUUGCUCUCAUUGUUCUCAUUCAGUAUAUUCCUAGAUUGUUUCUCAUUUUUCCCUUGAACCAGAGGAUUAUAAAAACUACAGGCGCCAUUGCCAGGACUGCUUGGGCAGGAGCUGCAUACAAUCUCCUUCUUUACAUGCUAGCCAGUCAUGUAAACAUCAGAUCUAUUUAGUUACUAUUGUCCAUAGGGCGGCAACACUCCUGCUGGAGACUUGAGUGCAAAAAUGAAAAGAAUGCAGUUGCAUCAUGUGUCCUUAAUUAUCUGGAUUGUAACAGUCUAGAUCAACCUGAACGAAAUCGUUGGCUAAAUGCCACACGUGCAAUUGCUCGUUGUGAUGCAAAGAAAGAUGAUACCGAUUUUAAGUUUGGAAUGUUUUCAGAUGCUUUUACAAAUGAAGUUGCUUCGUCACCUUUCAUUGAAAAGUAUCUUUAUUGCCUAUGGUGGGGUUUAAGAAAUUUAAGUUCAUAUGGACAGAAUUUGACGACAAGCAUUUAUAUCGGUGAGACAUUGUUUUGCAUCGUUAUAUGCAUUGGGGGUUUGAUUCUAUUCGCACAGUUGAUAGGCCAAAUGCAGACUUAUUUGCAAUCUAUGACGGUGAGACUUGAAGAAUGGAGGGUAAAACGAAGAGAUACAGAGGAGUGGAUGAGGCACCGGCAAUUACCUCCAGAAUUGCAAGAACGUGUCCGUCGGUUUGUUCAGUAUAAAUGGCUAGCCACAAGAGGAGUUAAUGAAGAAUCUAUUUUGCAGUCCUUGCCUCUAGACCUCCGUCGUCAAAUUCAACGGCAUCUAUGUCUUAACCUUGUUCGGCGUGUCCCAUUCUUCUCACAAAUGGAUGAUCAGCUACUUGAUGCCAUAUGUGAACGCUUGGUCUCAUCGUUGAGUACACAAGGCACCUACAUUGUUAGAGAGGAUGAUCCAGUAAAUGAGAUGCUCUUUAUCAUUAGGGGACAAUUAGAGAGCUCCACAACCAAUGGAGGAAGGUCCGGAUUUUUCAACUCCAUCACACUCAGACCCGGUGACUUCUGUGGUGAAGAGUUACUAACAUGGGCCUUGAUGCCCAACUCGAGUUUGAACCUGCCUUCUUCAACUCGAACUGUCAGAACACUUUCUGAAGUUGAAGCCUUUGCACUUCGUGCUGAAGAUCUGAAAUUCGUUGCGAAUCAGUUCAAGCAUCUUCAUAGCAAGAAGCUCCAGCACGCAUUCAGAUACUAUUCACACCAGUGGAGGACAUGGGGAGCUUGUUUUCUACAAGCUGCUUGGAGAAGGUACCAAAAGAAAAAACUGGCCAGGGAAUUGGCUCAACAAGAGAGUUUAUACUAUACUUUAAUCCCAGACGGGGAAAGUAGCUACAUUAACGGGGAAGAUGAUGACAAUUAUUAUGAUGAGAGCAGUGAGAGCCCAUUGAUUGAUAAUCCAAACAACGUUCAGCAUCUUGGAGCCACAAUUUUGGCUUCGAAGUUUGCUGCAAAUACGAGAAGAGGGGUUAUCCAGAAGGUUCAGCUGGUCGAACCGACUGCUAGCCUAAAAAUGCCAAAGUUGUUUAAGCCGGAUGAACCUGAUUUCUCUGUAAUCCGAGAGGAUGAUUAGUUUAGUAUGAAGCUGUGGAGGAGUCAUGAUCAAAUCGGUGAAGGAUGAAAGGAACUAAUUGGAGGUUAGUUAGGAUUCUUCGUAUGACAAUUUGUCUUAAAUUUUAUGGUAGAUCAGUAAUGAUAAACACAUUGCUGAUUCUUUUUUUCUUUUUCUUUUUUUUUUUUGUUAAUAUUCUUGUGUGGAUACAAAUGAUCUGUUCACUUGUAAAUAUAGUUGACACAGUCUAGCAAAUUUUUUUGAAGGGUCCAUUAUGGGCUCAGUCACACCAAAUGAAAGCAAUGAUAAUGAUCUUGUUUGAUUUCUAGA